AUGUGGUAUUCAUGUUAUUUGGCUUCUGGGUCACAGUGCAGAACUUGUCAUUCAUCAACAAAAAUUCUUCCUUUGGAUCCUGAUAAUUCGCAACAUCAAAAAAUUAUUGAAAGAUAUAAAAUACAAGCUAAGAAAACAGAUAAUAUUGGAAAACCUAACAGUGAACAUGAUGUAGACUUGUGUCAAAAGUGUCAAACAUUAGGACGACCUUGUCGCGAAACUGUAGACAAUAAUAUGAAAACACCAACGAAUGAAUGGCAAUCAAGCAGCGUGAGGCAUGUAGAGAACGUUAAUACCAGAUACUACAAUCAACCCGUCAAUUUUAAUGCAAUUACCGUCGUCAAUCCACAACGUCAACAAUAUUGUGAACGAUUCGGAAAACGAAAGAUCCUCGCAGGAUUUUCUUUAUGCAUCGUAAUUAUGCUAUGUUUAGUGCUUGCUUUGCUCGCCAUAAAGAAUUUUGCAGCUAAAACUGUCAUAACGACCACGACAACUACAACAACGACAACGACAACGACAACAACAACAACGACAACGACAACGACGACGACAACGAUGGCAGCAACAGCGAUCACGACAACAAUCAUGAGGUGGAUUUCAGCUCAGAUAACACGGAUUGAAACAUUUUGGCUUCGAAUUAAGUCUGAUUUCUCGAUUGCAGCUUGUUUUGCUUCGGAUACGAUGGUCACGCUUCAAAGUGGUGUUCAUAUCACUGUGCGCGAUCUUCAUGUGGGAGAUCGAGUUCGUAUUAAUUCCUACAAGACAAGUGAAGUUUUGGCAAUUUUUCGUCAUUAUCGUUCUACUAUUUUAUUUAUCGAGUUGCAUUCGACUAAAAAUCUAAGCAAACCACUUCGUCUGACACCAAUGCAUUCAAUUUUUGUACGAAAACCUUAUAAUGCAGUUGAACAGUAUCAGUUUGCUCGAGAUGUUUCUGUGGGAGACUUUGUUUUUUCCGCUUCAACUCAUCAAAUGAUAAAAGUAACUGAAUUACGCGAAAUUCUUCAUGUUGAAGACUACGCUUAUGCACCCCUGACCUUCGAAGGAACGAUUGUAACUAACAAUAUAACCGCAUCAUGCUAUGCAACAUAUCGUCAUUCAAUCAUGCAUAUAAUAAUGACACCGAUUCGAUGGUGGUACUGGCUUUUGAUUCAAUUCGAACAAAUUUAUUUGCACAAACUGAGUACUGAACUUUGUGUGCAUUUUGUAGACUGGUAUUUGCAAUUAUUUUUUACUACUAGCAAUUUGGUGGUUUAA